CUGAGGAUGGAGAAGAGAGUGUGUGUAAUCCAGACUGACUUUCACCAGUACAGACCGCUCACUGGAAUCUACAGUAAACAUCUGGCUCAGAAUGUAAUCCAAAAAAUAAACAAGGAGCAGUGAGCCCUGAGAGAAGAAGCCAAGAGAAUCUGCACAUCAAGGUGUGUAUGAUUCCAGUUUGAGGAGGAUUUGGCAGCAAAGUGUUGGAACUACUAUAUCUGGGACAUGGAGGCUGUUUGUCAGAACCAGACUGAAGUUUUUUGUUUAAAUCGUCCGAGAUGCCGUUCUCCAUCUAAGGACUUGGAGGAAGCCUGUGAGACACAGGUAGAGCCAGAACAAGAGGAACUGGAUUGGGAUAAUUUUAGUACAUCCAUCCAACAUCGCCAGGAGCAGGAGGCACUACAGCAGGCCGAGCAGCGUUGUGCACAACUGGUUCAGGCCAGGCGUGAACUGGAGGAUCAGGUGGCUCAGCUUGAAUUGCGUGUGGAGCAGGAAGAGCACGCUAACACUCAGCUCGCCUCGCAGCGUCACACACUCCACUCUGAGUGCUGCAGCUUGCGCCAAGACCUCGAGGAGCUGGAGAGUGUGCUCAGCGCAGUGGAGAAGGACAAACAGGCUUCAGAGUGCACAGUGAGAAAGCUAUCAGAGGAGCUCUCCCAGAGUGAGGUACUGGUACAGAAGUUCCAGAAAGAGAAGGACCAUUUAGCGGAGCUCAGUGAGAAAGCCAUUGAAGACCUCCAGUUUGAAGAAGAGAAGGUGAACUUCUUGACUAAAGAGAAAGCGAAGCUCCAGGUAUACCUCGAGGAGUUGGAGUACCAGCUGGAACAGGAGAGGAAGCAGCGCAGUGAGCUGGAAAGGAGCAGGAAGAAGUUAGAGGGAGACACUAAGAACACCAUGGAGAACCUCAGCGAACUGGGCAAGAUGAGAGCCAACCUGGAGGAGCUCAUCAAAAAGAGAGAUGUGGAGAUUAGUGACACCAGCAGCCGGCUGGAGGCUGAGGAGGCACUGAGUGCAGGGCUCCAGAAGAAGAAUAAGGAGUCGCAGCUCCGUAUUGAGGAACUGGAGGAGGAACUGGAGGCAGAGAGAGCCAUGAGAAUGAAGGUAGAAAAGCAGCGUGCUGACCUGACUCGCGAACUGGAAGAUCUGACAGACCGGCUGGAGGAGGCAGGAGGUGUCACAGCCUCUCAGAUGGAGAUGAAUAAGAAGCGUGAGGUGGAGCUGCAGAGACUGAGGCGUGAGCUGGAGGAGUCCUCGGCUCAGGCUGAAACGAUGGCGGCAGCUCUGAGGAAGAGGCACGGAGAUGCACUGGCUGAGCUGAGUGAGCAGUGUGAGGGCCUGCAGAGGACUCGCGCCAAACUAGAGAAGGAGAAACAGAACCUGCUGCUGGAGGUGGACAACCUAGCAGCUUCGUUAGACACCAUGCAAAAGGCCAAGGCAUCCACUGAUACGCAGCUGAAGAAACUGGAGGACUUGCUAUCUGAAGCCAACUCGAGGAAUGAAGACCUGCAGAAAGCUCUCACCGAGGUCACUGUGGCCAAAAACAGAUUGACAGCUGACAAUAAUGAGCUGAACAGGCAGAUGGAGGAGACGGAGACAAAACUCAGCCAGAUGAGCCGCUCUAAAAGCCUGCUGAUGGCACAGCACGAAGAGCUCAAGAAACAGUGUGAGGAAGAGGUCAAGAGUAAAGCGACAUUGAGCAACAGUUUGGCAGCAGUGCGACAGGAGUGUGAGUCACUGAAGGAGCAGCUGGAGGAGGAACAAGAGAGUAAACUUGAACUGCAGCGCCUCGUCUCCAAACUCAACAGCGAUGUCACACACUGGAGGAGCCGCCACGAGGCCGACUCUAUCCAGCACAGCGAUGAACUAGAGGAGGCCAAGAAAAAGCUGCAAGCUCGGCUGCAGGAGGCUGAGGAAGCUGUCGAGGCUACGCAAGCCAAGUGCUCCAGCCUGGAAAAAACCAAGCAGAGACUGCAGGCUGAGGUGGAGGAGCUCUGUUUGGACCUGGAAAAGGCCAACAAUGCAGCAACAGUGCUGGAUAAGAAGCAGCGAAUGCUGGACAAGCAGCUGGGAGACUGGAGGCAAAAGUGUGAGGAGCUGCUGGCUGAAGUGGAAAGCUGUCAGAAAGAAAGCAGACAGCAUGCUGCCGAGCUCUUCAAGCUCAAAACAGCCUAUGAGGAGUCUGUGGAGCAGGGCGAGGCUCUACGCAGGGAGAACAAGGCCUUCCAAGAGGAAAUCGCUGAUCUCACUGACCAACUUUCGGAUGGGGGGAAGAGUGUUCACGAGCUCCAGAAAAUGAAAAAGAAGAUUGAGAUGGAAAAAGAGGAGCUGCAGGCUUCACUAGAGGAGUCUGAGGCAGCGUUAGAGGCUGAGGAGACUAAAGUACUCCGGUUGCAGCUGGAGCUUUCUCAAGCAAAAGGAGACACUGAGCGCAGACUGCAGGAGAAGGAGGAGGAGCUGGAAGCUGCCAGGAAAGUCCACCAGAGGGCGCUAGAGUCUCUCCAGGCCAGUUUGGAUGUUGAGGUGAAGGGACGGACAGAGGGAGCGCGUCUGAAGAAGAAGAUGGAGAGUGAUAUCAGUGAGCUGGAGUUACAGGUGGACCUGCUCAACAAGAACAAUGCAGACCUGAUGAAGACUGUCAAAAAGAUGCAACAACAGAUCAAGGACCUGCAGGUUCAGCUGGAAGAGGAAGCACGGGUGCAGGAGGAGCUGAGAGAGGAACAGGCUCUGCUGGAGCGACGCUGCACUCUGCUGGUCACUGAGGGAGAGGAGAGCCGCACCGGACUCGAGACAGCAGAGAGAGCUCGCAAAAUCCUAGAGACUGAGCUUCAAGAGGCCACGGAGAAAUACAACGACAUCAACAGCCAGUUACAGUCAGCCUGCAGCGGGAAGCGGAAACUGGAGGUGGAUCUUCAGCAGGUCACUCAGGAGCACGAGGAGAUGCAGAAUGAACUGAGAGCAGCUAAUGAUAAGAUCAAGAAAGCUGUAUGUGAGACUGCGCGAGUGGCAGAGGAGCUGCGGGUGGAGCAGGAACACAGUAUGCAUAUGGAGCGUGUCAAGAAGGGCUUGGAAGCUCAGCUCAAAGACAUGACUGUCAGACUGGAUGAGGCUGAGCAGCUGGCUAUGAAAGGAGGAAAAAAGAUUAUUCAGAAGCUGGAAAGCAGGGUGAAGGAGUUGGAGCUGGAUUUGGAAACAGAGCAGAAGAAGUAUGCGGAGACGGUGAAGACGCUACGGAAGAAUGAACGGCGCCUCAAGGAGCUCCUCUUCCAGUCUGAGGAGGACCAGAAGAACCAGCAGAGAAUGCAGGAGCUGUUGGAACGCCUGCAGAUUAAAAUGAAAACCUAUAAGAGACAAGUCGAGGAGGCGGAGGAGCAGGCCAACGUAAACCUGGCCAAGUACAGAAAGACAGUACAUGAGCUGGAUGACGCAGAGGAGCGAGCUGAUAUAGCCGAAUCUGCUCUCACUAAGAUCAGGACCAAGAAUAGAGGCAGCUUUGGCAAAGGCUACUCAUCAGGUUACAGCACUCCGUAUGCAGGGGUGGUAAGAUCGCCCAGCUCCGUGGGCUCAGAAGGCAGAGGCGAGAAGAUUCUCACGGACGACGAUGAAUCUGUCAGUUCUCUCAUCCCCACUUAUCUCAAUUCCCUGAAAAAAUUGAUGAUUGACUAAAAUCCUUUUUGACAUCUGCUGGUCACACAUUUAUAUUCUCAGUAUUAUCCUUUUUUUGUACUUAAAUACAGUGUGGGAUGUAAAUAAUUGGGCAGUGACAAGUUAGUUGCUUUGGCUGCGAACUCUUGCACACUGGAUCUGAAAUGAAUCACCAAUGUGAGCCUGAAAUAAACCGAACUCCAUCUCUAUUGCCCGAAUCGUACAAUAUAGGAGGAAUCCUUUAACUAGCUGUGUGUCGUUGCACUACUCGUUCAUAUACCGAAGAGUUAAGCAUGCUUUUUGUUUAAUUGCAGACAUAGUUGGGUUUUUUUCUUUUUUUAGUAUCAUUUGCUGUUUUUCUGAACAUGUCGACCAAAGAAACAGGACAUCAUGGAUCUGAAUAGACAUCAGAAAAAAAAUAUCAGAGACAAAGCCAAAGCAACAAUACUGCAUGACUGUCCAGUUAUUUGACUAUUUUUCUUGUCGCCAAAAUUUAUUCUGAAAUGCCAGUAAUGUUCUUUUAAAACUACCACAAUUGAUAUGAACAAACAAGAGUAAAUAUUUGAUUAGUCUCUAAUUAUUUUUAUUAUUUUUUUAAAGUUAUAUAAGCCAAUUGAGUAUUUAAAGACAUAUCACUUAUUCCAGCAAAGUGCUUUUGGUAGGUUUACUCACAUUCCAGUUUUUCAAGUAUGCAAGUUUAUGAGCAAUUUCUAAUGUCAGGAAGUAAAUGGAUUACUAAGUCUUUUUUUUUUUUAAGUAUCACUAUAUUCAUAAUACUGUAUUUUAAUCCCUUAUACAUGUAAAACAAUUUUUUAACAAUAAAAAAAUAUAUUGCUGCA